UCUGAUAGCAAUGCCAAAUCGUUGGAUCCAUCCAGCGGAUACUGGGCGGAGUCACUGCCGGCCCUCGAAACACCCCUCUGUGCGGUUGUGGAUCCGGUUCGAGACUUCCGCUGGCAUGCUCUGCGCUGUGGAGGACCCGAAACGGCUGCGUUUUUGUGCGAACUUCCAGUUCCCACUUGGGCAAUUGAUUGUACCGUAACUUCGAUGCCCUCGCUAACGGUGCAGUACAUGUCGGACAGCGGUGCGGUUCAACUGUCCCGUGAUUGUGGUGAGCAGGGAACCCGACAUAUGUCUUGCCAGGGCAAACUCGACAAGGAUUCUAUCCUGCAGCAACUGCAGUGUGCGGAGAGAGAGGAUGAUGCCGAAGCACUUGCCACGGAAACCGCCGAAAACAAUCAACUUCCAGCGGUCGAAUUGACUCCCGUUGCACAGCAGAAGACGCCCCUUGUUACGAGACAACCAUUGCUUCCGGAGAUUUUGGAGCACGACAUUCUGACGGUAGUCUCGAACAACGACGAAGACAACAGCAUCGAUGUUAAUCCGAAUCAAAUCGAAGACACGGUCAAGAAUGUGAUCAAUAAGUUCAACCUAGCAGAUCUAAUGCAGGCUGAACAGUCGCUGCACAGUGACGAAGUGGACGGACAUUUCGAUGGAGAACAUCUGAAGGACGGAAAGAAAGUUGGCGGAAAGAAAUAUUCACCUUUGUUUGAGAAGAAGGAGAAGUUCGGCAAGAAGGACGAUCGAAAGCAAGACGAAGAUGACGAGUUGAUGAUGGGUGACCAGCCGGAUGAAACCGAAACGCAGCCAAUCGAUAUCGUUCAACAGGCGGUGAAACCGACCGAAGGGGACUCAGAUGAGAGUGGCUCUUCCGUAGUGGCGGGAGGAUCCACCGAAGGUGGAUCAACAUUGGAGGAAAGCACAACGGCUGACUCUAGGUUGCGAAGAGCUACCGACGAAGAAUCCUCAUCCGAAAGCACGCCGGUUUCAACUACGGAAAUAACGCCGACCACGGUCACGACAUCAGCACCCACCACGACGACAGCGGAGCCGACAACCUCAAGCACUGCAAGCCACAUUCUGCCGACUACACCGAAGAAGGAAAUAUCCUCCGUUGGGGAUCACUUCAUUCCUCCGAUGUUGUUGGUAAAAGCACGCUUCACCUCUACGAAGACCCACGUGGAACCCAUUGCUACUACUGAGCUCGUGUCGGAAACAACACAAACUUCCGAGUCUACGGUUUCUACUAUGCAGACAUCAUCUCCGGCUUUAACAUCGGAAGACGUCACAGCACCUGGAGAAGUCCCCUCAACCGUUUCUGAGCUUACAACCGCAAAAUCCUCCCCUCUUGAAACUGAAACAACAGUCGCUCAUCAAAUAGUUGAAAUCACCUUUGACGAUAAGGAGCUGUCCUCGAAGAUUGGAACUCUGAGCAUAACAACACGUCCAUUUACUACAGUUGAGGCCAAAACUUCGACUGUUUCGCCUCAAAGCACGACGGUGAACAAUGUCACUUCCACUUCGGGUCAGUCUUCAACGCAGCCAGACUCGACAGUACCGGUCAGUCCUUCAUCCACCCUUUCGACGACAACAUCUACGACUACAGUGGCUCCCACAUCUACAGCUUCAUCAUCAACAACAACAACAACAACAACCGUCGCAGUACCAACGGAACAUGAACUCCAACGGGACGAGCCGGAAGAGGAGGUCACCAAUCACGAAUCGGACGACGAACUUGACGAUCAGCAGCACCAGCAGCAUCCGGAGUUGCACAACAGCUUCUCCAACAUUGAAAACUACCAACCCUACAAACCGAACCGUCACCGGUCACUCACCAAACCGGAAGUGCACAGUAAUUGUGGCAACUACAUCAAAAAAAUCCUCGGCUGAAGACGCUAGCCGUUGUCCUCGGUGGCUUUUUUCCCUUGGUUGUUGUUUCGUCCUCACCCGGUGGAGGCAGAAAUCAUAUAGACAACGUUCUCAACUCUUCCCAGAACUCAUCUCAGAAACUUAAAUAGUGAUAACUCCGUAGAAACAUCCGAUCUUAGUAGCGUGUAGCGACUAGUCUUUGAGCUCCCGUUUUCCAUUCCGAUUUGCUUUAGAAUAUUAGCCAGUACAUAUUAGCUCUUGGCGGUAACCUUCCAGAUAGAAUCUAGACCCCUCGAUUUCUCUCCCACAAUAAAAAAAAGUUUUUUUAGGUGUUUAGAACAAAAAAAAAUAAUUCUGUGAUCUUUUUUGCCAAAUCUUUGCGCGUUUAAACAACACAAGCACACGAUCAUCGAACAGAAUAAAAAAAACAUUAGCUUUCCGCAUAUCUAUUCAACAUUUCAACAACAACAACAAAAAUAGCUGUAGUAGUUUGUUCUGAUUGAAUGCAGAAGAUAAAAAAACGUUUGCACCAUAAUUCCGAACAAAAAAAAAUGUGAGGUAAACUUUUAAUUUAGAUAACGAUUUAGAAAUUAGCUAAAACACAAAGCAACUUUUAGCAAAUAUUCGUAAAAAUACAUUAGCUGAAAGCAAGCGAUUUCUAGACAGGAAUAAAAACACACACAAACUUGUUGCCAAUUUCGAAGCGAAAACAGAAAAAAAAAAGCUGGUCGCAGUGAUGCGCAACCCUUAUAAAACCAAAAGCUUUCAAAACACCUUCUUGCGACACACGCGCGCACGUAGUUCGAGAAAGAAAAGCAAACCGCGCACAAAACCAAAGGAAUGAUCUCCACAGUUCGGUUUUCCAACCUGUUUUCGCAUGUGCUAUUGUAAGAGGAUAUCCCCCCCAAAACGGUGAAGAGCUGCUGGAUGGUAUGGAAUUAAACAGUUUUAAGAAAAUGAUUUUAAUAAAAAUGACAGAUUUACACCCGGUUGA